AUGAGUGUAAUUGACGAUUUUUUAGAAGAACAACAACAAUUUCAUGCUGAUGUUGAUAAAUUGUUAGCAUUGGUAGAUAAAAUUAAUCAAAUUGGUAUCAAUGUUCUUGGUAGAGAUACAACUAAUGAAUCUCCUGAAGAUGUUCUUGAUUCAAUUCAAAAUGAAGUAAAUAAUCAGAGAGUUAAUGAUAAUAAAGAUGAUUUAAUUGAAAUUUAUAAAAAGUUUGGAAUACUUGGUGAUCCAAAAACAAAAACAUUAAAACAAAUAGGACAAGAUAUAGAUGAUACUAUUACAAACCUUAUAGGAAAAGUAAAAGAAAUGAAUGAAGAUAAUGAACCAUUUUUUACGAAUUAUGAGAAUGAAAUUUCUAAAGAAUUAGUUAUUAAGAAGUUAGAAUUGAAUGGAGAGUGA